AUGAACAAUCCCCAGUCUAGCACUAGCCCAACAAAACCUAAAUAUAAGAUAUUCUAUAAUAUUAGCUCUAAAAACAAAAUACCUCCUCAUCUUUACUUAAGAGAAGAUAAUAGGGUUAUAGAUAAUGCCGGGGUUUCCUUUAAUAUAGAUAGCAUCAUAGCCUUCCCAAGUUGCCUUGUAGUUGCCAAGCAGGGUAUUCGAUGGUCUCCUACCCAGAUAACUAUAUCUAAUCUUCAGUCUGAUUUUUAUCUUAAUUUAAGGCCGGUUACUUACUUUAAUCUAUGGACGGACGGCAUUCUCUUCCCGGCAAUAUACAAAUACUACAGUAGCGCCCAUAUCCAGUAUUAUCCGUCAAGCUAUAACUACAGUCGCUAUAACUCUACUGCUCUAUACUUUCUACUACUAGAGGUACUAGCCGAAGUUUGGGCUAAUAUCCUCGCUACUAUUUAA